CCUUCGACCCCGCUGCUUACUACAGGCCCCGCCCCCUUGUCAAAAGAACUCGGUCCAAACCCUAAGGCCGCGAUCCGGUCCGCAAUCGCAGUCCUAAGUGUCGGGUUCCGUCCCUGUCCACAAGCCCUGCCCCCAAACUCAGCCACCGCCUCCCGUCGGCCAGAUCCUCCUCCUCCUGGCCCUCCCCCCUUUUUACCUGAACACUCCCCCAAGUCAGAGUGCUUCUUCAGACCUCAGUCCCUUUCUGGUCUGCACUCUUCUGUGUGCCCCCUUCCCCCCAGCUUCAUCUUCUUCCCUCCACGCCCUUCACCUGCCCUCCACCCCCAACCCCAUACCACUAAUUUGUUAUGUUUUUUCCCUCUUCCUUCACCUGCCUUCCUCCUCAUCCUCCUGCAACCCAUACCCCCUUCCACGCAUGUCUCCUGGCCGGGGCGGGAGGGGUUAGCUUGUCCGGUUCCCAGCCUCAGAAACUCGGCCCUUACCCCAGAGCUUAUUUCAGACACAUGUGACGCCUAUCCCAAAACCUUUCAUCCCUGACUCCAGAGUGUUGAAUCCAGGACGCCCCUUCCCCAGGGCUCCUCAGCCCCGGAAUUCCCUGAGCUACUGGAGCAGAGUUGUCAGGGCUGUGCUCCACAACAGCCGUCCAGGUGAUUGUGGCACACGGUUCUGCUGGCCUCAUUUCCCCUCCCGGAAGUUGGGAGACAAGGUGUUUAGGGUCGGCUCUGUCACCUACAGUGCUGGUUGACUUGGAUUCUGUCUUUGUGGUUCCUAUGGCCCAUCUGACAUUCCCAGCUCCCUCCUCCCCCAGGUUGAGGCCUCAGGCUUGGCCUCACCACGAUGUGGCACGAAGCGCGGAAGCAUGAGCGGAAGCUUCGAGGCAUGAUGGUUGACUACAAGAAGCGGGCCGAGCGGCGGCGGGAGUACUAUGAAAAGAUCAAGAAGGACCCCGCCCAGUUCCUGCAGGUACACGGCCGAGCCUGCAAGGUGCACCUGGAUUCUGCAGUCGCCCUGGCUGCCGAGAGCCCCGUUAACAUGAUGCCCUGGCAGGGGGACACCAACAACAUGAUCGACCGCUUCGACGUCCGCGCCCACCUGGACCACAUCCCUGACUACACCCCCCCGCUGCUCACCACCAUCUCCCCAGAACAAGAGUCGGAUGAGAGGAAAUGUAACUACGAACGCUAUCGUGGCCUGGUGCAGAACGACUUUGCUGGCAUCUCAGAGGAGCAGUGCCUGUACCAGAUCUACAUCGACGAGUUGUAUGGCGGCCUCCAGAGACCCAGUGAGGACGAGAAGAAGAAGCUGGCGGAGAAGAAGGCGUCCAUCGGCUAUACCUAUGAAGACAGCACAGUGGCCGAGGUGGAGAAGGUGGCGGAGAAGCCAGAGGAGGAGGAGUCGCCGGCAGAGGAGGAGAGCAACUCGGACGAAGAUGAGGUCAUCCCCGACAUCGAUGUGGAGGUGGACGUGGAUGAACUGAACCAGGAGCAGGUGGCAGAUCUCAACAAGCAGGCAACAACCUAUGGCAUGGCCGAUGGUGACUUCGUCAGGAUGCUCCGGAAAGACAAGGAGGAGGCAGAGGCCAUCAAGCAUGCCAAGGCCCUGGAGGAGGAGAAGGCCAUGUACUCGGGCCGUCGUUCCCGACGCCAGCGAAGGGAGUUCCGGGAGAAGCGGCUAAGGGGCCGCAAAAUCAGCCCACCCAGCUAUGCCCGCCGAGACAGCCCCACCUACGACCCCUAUAAGCGGUCACCCUCCGAGUCCAGCUCAGAGUCACGUUCCCGCUCCCGCUCCCCGACCCCAGGCCGCGAGGAGAAGAUCACAUUCAUUACCAGCUUUGGGGGCAGCGAUGAGGAGGCAGCCGCAGCUGCAGCUGCAGCUGCCGCAUCAGGGGCUGCCACAGGGAAGCCCCCUGCACCCCCUCAGCCCGGCGGCCCCACACCGGGACGUAAUGCCAGUGCCCGCCGCCGCUCCUCAUCCUCCUCUUCUUCCUCCGCCUCGAGGACCUCCAGCUCCCGCUCCAGCUCUCGCUCCAGCUCCCGCUCCCGCCGAGGUGGGGGCUACUACCGCUCUGGCCGCCACGCCCGCUCCCGCUCCCGCUCCUGGUCCCGUUCCCGGUCCCGCUCCCGGCGCUACUCACGCUCCCGUAGCCGUGGCCGGCGCCACUCAGGUGGGGGCUCCCGGGACGGACACCGCUACUCCCGCUCACCCGCCCGGCGUGGUGGUUAUGGGCCCCGGCGCAGAAGCAGGAGCCGCUCCCGCUCAGGGGACCGGUAUAGGCGGGGUGCCCGGGGCCCCAGGCACCACAGCAGCAGCCGCAGCCGAAGCAGCUGGUCCCUCAGCCCGUCCCGCAGCCGCAGCCUGACGCGCAGCCGCAGCCACAGCCAUAGCAGGAGCCGCAGCCGCAGCCACAGCCGCAGCCAGAGUCACUCACCAUCGCCCCCAAGGGAGAAGCUGGCCAGGCCGGCGGCGUCCCCUGCCGUGGGCGAGAAGCUGAAAAAGACCGAGCCUGCCGCUGGUAAAGAGACAGGAGCUGCCAAACCCAAGCUGACGCCACAGGAGAAGCUGAAGCUGAGGAUGCAGAAGGCCCUGAAUAGGCAGUUUAAGGCGGAUAAGAAGGCUGCUCAGGAGAAGAUGAUCCAGCAGGAGCAUGAGCGGCAGGAGCGGGAGGACGAGCUGCGUGCCAUGGCCCGCAAGAUCCGUAUGAAGGAGCGGGAGCGUCGAGAGAAGGAGAGAGAAGAGUGGGAACGCCAGUACAGCCGGCAGAGCCGCUCGCCCUCCCCCCGCUACAGUCGGGAAUACAGCUCUUCCCGGAGGCGCUCACGGUCCCGCUCCCGAAGCCCCCAUUACCGCCACUAGGCAGAAGAGUCGGGGGUGGGGGAGGUGGGACAGGGGAGGGUAGGGUUCAAGCUGUGAUGCUGCUGGUUUUAGCUCUGGUGGAGUAAUAAAAUCAAACAUUAUUUAAUUCCCUUCA